AUGCUAAUAUUCUGUUCUCUCUCAAAUCUUAUAGAAGAAGGCUCAAUGACUGUAGGAAGCAGUCUCUCGAACUUUCUGAAAAUCGUAUCUUCGGACAACUCUAGUGUCAUCUUAGCUGCUCUCCUCUUCCUUCUCUUACUCGCCCUCUUAGUCUUUCUUCUUCAUUUCUACUCCUACUCCGACCAAGAGUUCUCCGCCGCUCAACGCCGUCGUAGAAGAAGAAGAACCGUUACAAGGACAACAAUCAUUACUCCUAUUCCACUAGGAGGUUUCUACGGUGGAGUUUCUGUUGAUGCAACAAGCGAUGACAAAGGUUUGGAUGCUUCAGUGAUUUCGUCCAUUCCUCUGUUCGUUUACGAAGAUGCUGACGAGAAAGAAGAGAAGGACGAGGAGUGUGUGAUACGUCUUGGUUUAUGGGAAGUGGGAGAUUUUGGAAGAAAGUUGAGAAUCUGCGGACAUGGGUUUCACGUUGAGUGUAUAGAUAUGUGGUUGUCUUCUCAUUCUACUUGCCCUCUCUGUCGAUCCCCUGUUCUCCCCGUCUCAGAUCAAGACAACCUCAAGCCGACCGCUAAUGGCGUGGAAGCAGAAGAAGUAGAGGUCAGAUUGCAACUGUUUCAAGCUGGCGGAGAAGAGAAUGUCUCCGUCGAUGAUCUCAAGACAGGAGUUGACGGCGUAGUCGGAGAAAGAGAGGUUAUAAUUGAAGUGUUAGAUGAGGAAAUCAACGUGGGAGGGAUCAGAGAUCAACGUCAUCAACAUCUAGUUCGUUGAAGAGGAUGUAGAAGUAGAUCGGAAUGUAGCAAGGUGUUGGAAGAUUCGUAUUCAUUACAUAUACUACUAUUUUUUUUUUAUAAAUCUUGUCACAGUUUUGGAAAUGGAAUAUGAAUGAUUUUUUUUUUGAUCAAACAACAGCUUUAUAAAUCAUUAGUCUCCAUAGCUGGAGAAAUUGUUUACAUCAAGAAACAACAAGGCCAAACCGGCUAAAACAUAUGCUGCUACCAUAGCAAAACAAAACAAUGAGAUAUAACACCAUAAGAUAGGAGCAAACAUAACACAUAAACAACACAUAAUGUCGCUGAGUAGUCCUCGAAACUCAACGCCAAUCGUG